AUGGCCUCCAAGCCGAACGCGAUCAUUUUCGGCGGCCUCAACACAUGCUCGCGCACCCUUGCCACGCUUCUCGUCCCGCCCAACGGCGGCGAACGCCUCGUCAAAAACCUGCGUAUCAUUGACAAAUACUCGGUCAGGCCGGCCACUACCUACCUGAGCUCCGUCUUCCCCCAAAUCCUCGACCUUCCCGACGUCGAGUACCGUCAAGCCAACCUCACCGUCGCCUCGACUGUCGCUUCGUGUUUCGAUCCAAAGGAGGGCGAGGAGCCGUUCGACUACGUCUUUGACUUCACGGGCGAGAUCCAGUGGGACCGGCCAGAGGGAAUCCAAAUCGGACACACGCUCAAGAUCGCGCGACUCAUCGGCCUGGAAGCCGCGAACCGGAAGGUCAAGGCGUACGUGCGGAUACAACACCCCUUCUACCAAUGCAAGGACUCUGGCUCGCACGAUGAGAAGGAGGACGUGAAACCGGAAGGCGUGAUCGGCACCUGGUGGCAUGAGACGCUGCGCACCUUGGGUGCGAUUGAGGACCUCAACCUGGUGAUCAUUCGCACGGCCCUUCCUUAUGGCCCGUAUGUCAACUACCUCGCCCUUAUCCCUUUCAUUGCAGUAGCAGCAUGUUACGGACAUCUUAAACAGACCAUGAAAGCUUUGCACUCCCCUGGCAAGUACCCGUCGCACACGGUUCACGUCGAUGAUAUCACGGGAGCGAUGUGGGCCGCUGCGGAAUGGAUGGCGAAGACCGGGCGGAAAGAGGCUGAUGCUGUGGCUGGCGAGGAGAUCAUGUUCAAGAAUGAGAAGAGCAAAGCCAGUGAGGUUGAAGGCAUGGUUUCGCCAUCGACGAAAGUCAUUGCACCUUUAUUCAACCUUGUGAGAGGACGACUCGCAUGUCACCAUGGUCGAGAAGGGAAUGUCAUUGCGUCCUACUUCGGCACGACGUUCGACUUCCACAACUUCGUCACGAAUAUCGCUGCCAAGUUCCGCCUCGAGGACAUCAUUGAGGAUAUAAACGAGGUGCACGUCAGCACGUGGACGACGAUGAUCACGACUUCGAACCCGCCGAUCCCUAACACACAAUUCUCGUCCUAUAUGGAUCUCUACAACCUGAAGAAGCACACCGUUGCUUUCAAUGCGGACAAGAUCAAGCGCGUAAUUGGGUACCAGCUUAAGCGGCCAGAGUUCAACCACGACGCGAUUGGCGAUAUGGUCGAGAAGCUCAAGGCAGAGCACAGCUGGCCAAACAACGAGCCCUGA